UCUUUUGGCAGCUUUUUUUUUUUUUUUUUUUUUUUUUUUAACUCGGAAGUGAAUCUUCGAGGUCGUCAUGGGGAGCAAAGUCAGUUCCAAAAUGGCAGCUCCCGCAGCCCGAAUAAUUCAGGCUGUGCGGCCUCACGCUCCUCUCAUCAAGUUUCCCAACAGACAAGGCAUCCCAAAACCAAACGUCCAAGAGGCACUGAAAUCAUUAGCAGUUAGCUUUCCACAGCAGAGCUCUCCAGGUUUCCCUUCAGCUGCAGCGGCGCCUCCACUAUCAAGACCUUCAGGACCUUUGACCCGACUUCCCGGCACGCCAGACACCCUGGCCUCGAUUCAGAUGCUCCCUCAGAGAUACCGCAGGAGAGCAGUGGCAGUGGACGAGAUGGAGUACAUCCAGCGCGGUGGACCAGAGUGAUGUACGGUGACUCAAUGAACACAGCCAAAGUCCUUAUCUGUGGAAAUCAGUAUGUGUCUUUGCUUAAUCCCGUUUCUCCGCACAAGAGGACCUACUGCCACGCCACAUCUGACAGUAGCUAGAAUAAAGAAUGACAUGAUUCAUGUUGAAAAUGUACAUAUGAGGUUUAUUUUGAAACACUGUGUAGAUGUUAUGCUUGAUUCUGUUGUAUCUUGAUACUGAGGGACUUAAUUGAUUGUGUGUUGUAUUAGACACAGCAAAUCCAUACAAACAGCUUUUCAUUUAUCCUUAUUUAUGAGCAAAGUAACCAUCCACUACAGAUGUUUUCUGUUUUCAAACCUUGACUGUUCAUAGUUCUUUAACAAACGUUAUACCAACACAGUGCUACAGUAUUCUGAUUUUUUUUUUUGUUUCAUGUCAGUUUCAUUUUGUACCUCACUUGUGAAGCCACUCAGAUACUAAGGACUUAGAAAAUUGAGGAGUUUUAUGUUUUCCAGUGAAGUGCACUGUCUUUUGGGCUACUGCACUGAUCAGGGCUGCAGAGAUGCUGGAUGUCGAGUUGCAACAGCUACUGAGUGGGAUGGUAAUGAGUUCAUGUGAACUGCAGGGUUUGAAAGAUUAAAAGACUAUUGUAA